UUAGCGAAUGAGUGUCAUUUAACGGACUAAGAAAAAAAGCAGAAUACAAUUUAAACAUAAACUGAAAAUAAUAUAUUUUUUAUCAGAUAGACAUAUUAAUUAUAAUUUAAGUAAAAAAAGAUGGACCGAAGAAAAUUUGAGCAAUCUUUGGAAACCACUACUCAGCUGACAAUGGAGAAUAGCACAUCGCUUCCAAACAUGAAAUAUGAAGAGGGAUUGAUCAAUUUGGUACUCAACAAUUCAUAUUCGGAAGAGGCUUUCGUGAUAAAACUGUUCAUGUUCAUAACAAUGAUAGUUGGAGGCAUUGGUAAUUUAAUAGUACUCGUCGUAUAUUACAUGAAAACUAAGAAAUCGAUUGCGAAUUAUUUUAUGUGGAUACUUUCUGGUGUGGACUGUUUUAGCUGUGUAAUUUUACACCCGUAUGUCAUUGCGAAACUCUACAUGAAAUUCACCCAAACUUCACUGAUAUGUAAAAUAUUUGACUUUAUGAUUCACUGGAAUCUUUCGUUGCAAGUAAACUUGUUGGCUGCAAUUUCGAUAGACAGAUACUACGCUGUUUGCCACCCACUAAAAUUUGCCGGUGCAUUUAAACGAAUGGUCGUCCUGUUGUCAAUUGUGGUUGUUAUGGCGACCUUUGGAAGCAUUCCUAUUCUUGAAUUCUAUGGAAUAAGAACAAUUACUUUUAAAGUUAAUGAUGUCCUUUACGAGGCACAUUUAUGUCACUAUAGCGAUGUGUAUGAUGGAACCCUGUCCCAAUCUAUAUUUAACAUGAUCGUGAUGACUGUGUACGUAAUGAUACUGACCAUAAUAUCAACGAUGUAUGGUGCUGUUGCUAAAGCAGCAUACAAGAGUCGAAAACGGAUAGGACCCACACGAAACUUUGAACUAAAUGCCACAAGUUCAUCCUCUUCAGGGAAGAAAACUGAGAUUCUAUCUAGAUCGAAAAUAAGCAAAGGUGUAAGCGAAGAAGCGCAGUCAUCUCCGACUAUUCGUCGGCGUAAAAGUACAUCCGAAUUUGUUUUCAUGGAAAAUAUCGAAGAAAAGGCUGAGUACAAAGAAAAUGAUAGUAUGGCAGAAGAUAUGGCUGAAAAUGGCGAUGCAAAUGCUGAUGCUACAUUUAAGAAACCCGUCGCACACAGUAUUGAAAAUGAGUCACCAACUGAACAAACAACCGAAUUAGAUUUGUUACCACGCCAGCUAUAUAUAACCAGUCACGAUGUACAUGUUAAGUAUCUCCACCCUUUAUAUCAUACACGAAAAAAGAACAGUAAUAAAAAGAAAGGACUGAAAAGGAAUGACGAUAAGAACGUCGUGAUUGACGAUCAUAAGAUAGGCAUUACCCUAAUACCUGCUCCGGAGAUCAUGGGCGCGAAUAUUGAUGAAUGUAUUCCUUCGACAAGUAGUUGUACAGAUAUAAAUCUACCAUAUGAUAUUGCUCAACGGGAAAAAGAAUUAUCAGAAAAACUGAAGAAGAAACAUAUACCAUUUACUUCGAAGUGGAAUGAAUACGGAGGACAUAUUGAGAAACCUCCACACGCAACUGAAACACAAGCUGGAUCUGAUCAACAAGAUGCAGUUGCUAAAGUUGACAAAGCAUAUGUUCGAAAAGAUAGGACUAGCAAAAAGCACGCUAUACCGUCUAACGGAUUAAAAACUGCCAAACUUUUGUUCUUGGUAACAGUUGUAUUCGUGUUGUCAUGGACACCGUUUUGGGCAAUGAGGCUAUGGUUUAUCGUGAAUUCCGCACUAUUUCAGAGGAAAUCACAUACCGAUAAAAUGUUACAUGAUUUCUUUGACCAUCUCUUCUACCUGAAUAAUGCGAUCAACCCCGUCUUGUAUUCUUUGAUGCAUAAAGCAUUUGUCGUUGAUUGCAAAACCUGCUAUAGAAAGCUAAGAAAUCGACUUUUAAACUUUUCAUGGCGCAGAUAGCCUACCUUGUUUAAUCGGUGUAAAAACCAUUCUGAUACUCAUAGCAUCUUUCUAUUUCACCUGAAAAUCUACAGGGUUGGCCAAAAAACAAUACCCAACUUUAAAUCAUAAUGAAAAUAGCUAUGUUCAAUAUGAUACAUUGAUUUAUAUAUCAUUUUAAAGGUAAUCCAUUUUCGAACAAUCUGGUAUAUAACACUAUGUCAUGAAAGCAAUAUUAAAGUUUUAUUAUGCUUAUUUGGGAGGUCGGGUUGGUAUUUAAGGUAUCCAGAUUUUAGGGAGAAAAUAGUAAAUCUGCGGAAUGAUGUUAAUUUUUUAUUUAUAGAAUAUCAUUUUGUUAGGUGAAUACAUGCUUGUAAAUUUGCAUAUUGUGUGACUUAACUUAUUGUUUAUGAAUUUUAGUGUUGUUUAUUAUCAAUAAGUAAUCAAAGGGGGUAUGUUAAAAGACAUUAAACGUAUAUGUGACGAGGAUUUUAUUUUCCAACAAGACAUUGCCUCGUACCAUAGAUCUCAGGAGACAUUGACAUUCCUUUGCAAACAAGGUGUCAAUUUGAUUGAUCUCGAUGCUUGGCCACCCAACAGCCCCGAUGCUACAUAUAAUGUGUUUGAUUACCAUACAUGGAGCCAUCUCGAGGAAAUGGUACAAACAAAAGCAUCCAAUAAACAGCAUUGAUGAGCUGAAACAGAAUCCUAAUGUGCUGAAAUGAAUAGCAACAGAAAUCUCUCAAUAAGGCUAUUGAUAGAUUACGCUACCACUUGAAGCUUAUUGUUGAUGCAGAGGGGAGGGGGUGGGGGUAUAUUGAGCAAUUGGGAAAAUUGUUUAAAUAAAUAAAGUGUAAAAUGUUAUUAAACAACACUGAAAUUCAUAUACAAUAUAUUUAGUCACACAAUGAUGAAAAUAUCAAUCCAAGCAUGUAUUCACCUGACAAAAGAAUGACAUUCUACAAGUAUAAAUAAAAAUUAACAUAAUUCCGCAGAUUUACUAUUUUCUCCCUUAAAUCUGGAGACCUUAAAUAGCAACCCGGCCUCCCAAAUAAGUAUAACAAAACUUUACUAUUGAUUUCAUGACAUAGUGUUAUAUACCAAAUGGUGUGAAAUUGUAUAUCCUUUAAAAUGAUAUGUAAGUCAAUGUACCAUAUUGAAUGUAACUAUUUUUAUCCUGAUUUCAAGUUGGGUAUUGUUUUUUUGGCCCACCCUGUACAUGCGUUGAUAAUGCUGAGAACAAUUGCAUAGUAUUGAAUAUGGAUCAGAGGUACAUGAAUAUAAUUGUAAAUAGAAUGUUGAACAAUGUGAGAAGAUCCAUCAUAAUUUGGAAGGUUAUUUAACGUUAUGAAAAAUCCAAUUGUACGUCGUGACAGACGAUAUUUUUAAUGUUCUGUGACGCAGUAUGUUAAUGUAAAUAUGUACAGAGACGCAGUCUGUUAACGUAAAUGUAUUUAUUUAAUUGUAAUGUGCUCACGUAAAUAUGAACUGAAUGUAAUUAUCUGAUUAUGGUACAAUACAAGUAGAGUCAACUGUAAGAA